UAUUAGGAGGAUUUACAGUAAAGCCAUGCAUCACCUCUUAAUUUGCUUGUUUGUAUUUUCUGUUCAAAGCUCGGCGCUCCCAUCUGGAAAUGGCUCCACUCCCUUUCUGUGGACUUUUUCUGGCCACUUUGUAAUGGUUGGAGAUGAUGCAGCAGACUACCUAGACCUGUCACUCUUAGAUGAUGAAGGCUCAGGAUCGACGCAGGAGUCCAGUAAAGUACACCCCCCUCACCCCCAUCAUCCGCGGAAGCACUAUUAUGUCUCGGAGGAGACCAAAGCGUUUCUCAAGGGUAGCUUGGCCACACGUUUCAUCCCCACCGUUUACAUCUUCGUCUUCAUCAUCAGCAUGCCCCUUAACCUUCUUGCCAUGGUGAUGUUCGUGCGUCAAAUCUGCCCCAAGAAGCCGGCGGUGAUCUACAUGCUCAACCUGGCCUGUGCUGACCUGCUGUUCGGGCUGCUCCUUCCCUUUAAGAUCGCCUACCAUUAUCACGGCAACAACUGGAUCUACGGAUCCUUCAUGUGCAGAGCCGUCACUGCUGCCUUCCACUGUAACAUGUACUGCUCCGUCCUGCUUGUGAUGUGCAUCAGCAUUGACCGUUUCCUGGCUGUGGUUUACCCCAUGAACUCGCUCACGUGGCGCAGCCCUCAGACGGCUUCAGCUGUGUGCGCUGCUAUGUGGCUCUUAUCCCUGGGAGGAGUGUGCCCCCUGCUGAUCUCAGAACAGACCUUACAUAUAUCGUCUCUGGGCAUCACCACAUGCCAUGAUGUGCAGGACGUAGGAAAACUACAGUCUUACUAUCUUUACUUCUUCCCCAUCUACUCCUCCGUGUUCUUCUUCAUCCCUUUUAUAUUCACCGUUGUCUGCUACAUACGCAUCAUUCAGGCUCUGGCUGAAGCCAACGUGGAGAACCGCUCCAAGAAGACUCGCGCUGUGGUGAUGGCUGUGGUUGUGCUGCUGGUGUUUGUGGUCUGUUUCACCCCCACCAACAUCAUCCUCAUGGUUCACUAUAUUCAACUGGCACACAAGGCUAGUAGCAGUUCUUACCAGGCAUACCUGCUCUCCAUGUGCAUAGGAAGCUUCAGCUGCUGUCUGGAUCCGGUCCUCUAUUAUUUCGGGUCCUCUCAGUGCCAGAAGCAGGUGGUGGCACUGCUCAGAUGCAGGCGACCGGGACAGGGUGAGAUUGGCUCACACACACAAGCAGCACAAGAACCAGCAGGCUGACAGAGAGCAGCAGAUUGUGCAAAAUGGAGAGCGUUCAGACUGAAAUGGGGAGCCAUUACAGCAGGCUGAUGGCUUAAGACACGAGGACUGAAAAACUGUUUGGGCUGUCAGCCAUAUCCACACUAUAACAGACUACUUCUGUUUGCUCAAAAUGUUUUCAAGAAGUGCACGAGGUGGAUUAGAAGAAGUAUGAAACUCGAUGUGGUGCCGACUUUAGACC